AAAAAAUCUCAAUCAUAUUGCUAUAAAUAUUAACACACACAGUCCCGCACUCUAACUAAUUCUGUUUCUCCGAAAUGGCGUCCUAUAGCUCAUGUCCGUCGAUAAAGAAUAUUCUUCUUUUAGACUCCGAUGGAAAGCGUGUGGCAGUCAAGUAUUUUUCAGAUGACUGGCCAACCAACAGUUCAAAGGUAGCCUUUGAGAAGUUUGUGUUCAGUAAGACUGUUAAGACAAAUGCUCGAACAGAAGCUGAGAUCACAUUACUCGAGAACAAUAUCAUUAUUUACAAAUUUGUACAAGAUCUGCAUUUCUUUGUAACUGGCGGCGAUGAUGAAAAUGAGAUCGUUUUAGCUUCAGUUCUUCAGGGUUUCUUUGAUGCAGUCACGCUUCUCUUGAGGAACAAUGUUGACAAAAGAGAGGCCCUUGAAAACUUGGAUCUCAUUCUUUUAUGCCUCGAUGAGAUUGUUGAUGGAGGGAUGAUACUUGAAACAAAUGGACCACUUAUUGCUGAAAAAGUGACUUCCCAUAGCAUGGAUGCUGACUCCCCCCUGUCUGAGCAGACUCUAACUCAAGCCUGGGCUACAGCUAGAGAACAUUUGACAAGAACACUUCUAAAAUAGGAGUUUCGUUAUGUGCUAGAGAUUUUUUUUAUGAUCUAGACACCGUUUUUUCUUUCCAUUUGUUGUGAGCUACUACGAUAUGAAUUUCACAUCAUACUGAACGCUGAUUUUUUUAUUCUUUA